AUGUGCGCUCCACGCUUAGCAACCAAUGAUGCCUCGAACUUCUACAACUUCGAGCGCUGCUGCAUUUAUAAAGACCCUGAGUGCUUCGACGGAGUGUCUUUCACGCCACAGCGCUGUUGUGGGGAAACGGCCCCGACUCGGCUGGGGCUGGGUCGCUGCCAGGGCGAAUUGGGCAAAGCCGUUCCGUUUCAGUUGAGCCAGGGCAGCAUUGGGAGGAUUCUUUUCUUGCCCUUCAAGAAACUCACGAAAGUCACGGCCCUGAUGCUGUUCUCUUUGAUUGCUGGGGCCGGGGCCGGGGCCGGAAGCGCCAACUUCAACGCCAGCUUCGACCUGAUGGCUGACAGUGGGCUUGGACUCAGAACCCUGCCCCUGCUUUCCAAGCUGGAAAUUUCCAGCUCCGGGGGAUCUUACGUCCAGCGCGAAGCCCAGUUGAAGCACCCUGUGGACGCUUACUCUCUGGCCCUUCGCCUGCGCAGUUGGCAAGGGGAUUCUUCUCUGCUCCACUUUUUGCCCCGGGGCUGCCCGGCCGUUAGCAAGAGCGUGGCACUAGUGCACUGCUACCCAAGAACCAACGGCAAAGGAGAGGUCAACUCCGGUGACCUAAACAGCUUACAGCUCAUGGAAGAUUUGUACGAUUGGCUUGUCAUAUUGCGUCAUGCAGAAGAUCCUGGCGCCUGCUUUGGGCAGCUGGAUGUGUCUCUGCGUGAGCUACAGGCGCAGCGACGUUUGGGAAAUAUUACGGUUGUAUUGAGCCCCUACCUGCGUAGCUGGCAUUUGCAGAUGCACUCGGCUGCGCUUUGGCGCCUCAGUCAGCUGGUUUCACCGGAGCUGGCUGUUCUUGGUCUGCCCAGUGCUGGCAAUACAUUUGCCUGGCCUUUGCGGCGGUUGCGGCGGCAGUACUGGAAACUGCAAGCUGUGGAGUAUCCGACAGGCUCCGCCCGGCACCAUAUCGGUGAUGACAAAGGGUCGAAACUGUGCCAUGGUGGCGAUACAGUUUCGGGGUCUCGAGUCUACAAAUCAUCGGUCUUGAAGACACUGCUUCAGGGUGUCAAGGCUGCAUCUGGAGCAGAGUGGCUUUUGAAUCUGGACCUGGAGGCUUUGGAGACUGGAAUUAAUCAUCGGACCUUCCUCUGUGCUGUCGGGGUUUUCGAUGAAGAGGAUUACUUGCAGUACGCAAGGCUCAACUCCCACCUUUCCCAGCGCUAUGCCAUCGAAGUCGCCAGACUGCGACCCGGAGAGCUGUCUGUAAACUGUGCCGUGACACGCGCAGCAACAGUGAUGGUGGACGAAUAUUUCCGGGGUGACACCUCGGCCAUUACCAUGAGCACUGCUGGCAUGGUGACCUCCUGGUGCUUUCGCCGGUCCUUGCGGAAAGCUUGGCGCGAGCUGACGGCCUGGUGGUCUGGGCUGUCUCCAAGCCACUAUGUGGUGCCGGCAGAUGGCACCGGCUUGUCUCUGCUCCGCAACUUGGAGGAGCCCAUUCCUUGGGAUCAUGAUGUAGACAUCUGGCUUUAUACACCUGGCGCUGUGGAGUGGAUCAACGAAGUGUUUUCACCGGAGCAUCGGAGUGAAGCUUUGGAUAGCUUGACGAGAGCUGGAUUCAGGUGGUUGUCCGCCAAAAGCUACGUUGCUCGAGGUGGUGGUGUGCACGUGGAGAUGCAAUUCUUGGACCCCAUGGACGUGGGAAUCCUUGCAGUUGACAUGGACGUCGUGAUCAAGCCUUACUUUCCUCGGUCGGUCUUCCCUCUGGCAGUGAAUCUUUAUGGUAGCAUCGCAGCAGCUGGGGUUUUGCAAAUGCGCUUUGCUGCUGAGAAGUAUUUUUCUGCGAAGAAGCUCAACCGAUCUGGGCAACCCUUCCUUUGCUCUCAACCAGGACAUCCUUCCUGCAUCCCUACUUCGUACACAAUCAGUGAGGAGUCCGGCACCGUUGCCAGCUGCGAAUUUGAGGAUCGCUUCGUCUUGCUGGACUGGUUUGAGUGA